GCUUUUUAUCAUUAUUCUGGAUAUAUAGUACAUGUGAGCAGUCGGUUUAAAUUUUCCAAGUUGAUUUCAUUGCAAACUAGUAUUUAGUAAUGGGAACGGAAGAGUCGAAAGACCCUUUCAAAGGGGUGGACUGGAAAGCCGUUGGCAGCGACAUACAAAAGGAUCCUGCUGCUAAACCAGUUGUAAAGAAGCGGUUGCCUAGAAAGAUUAGGCAAAUACCAGACUAUUACUUCCUUCCUCGAAGAUCUUUGCCCUCGACUAUUGCUUUUUAUGGGGCAUGCAUUGCUGGUGGAAUCGGUGCUGGAAUGUUAGUGGAGACCUGGAUAAAUAAGAAAGUCAAAGAGGAUGGAGGCGUCGUAUGGGAGUUCGACAAGUAGAUGCGAUAUGUAUUUCUUGAUUGGAAACAAGUAGACAAGUAGAUGCAAUAUGCUGUGGUCUUUUGGUGUUAGUUUCGACUCUUUGAACUGGCUGAGAUCAACGGCUGGAUCAAGCGACUAUGCGAUGAUGAACAGCGGUAGCCGGUUGAUCGACGAAAGCGAGGAUUCAAUGUUAUGGGAGGUUGUAGAUGGUGCAGAGAGCCCUACAGCAGAGCAAAACUCUCCUGCUCAGUCACCACAUCAUUUUGCUUGAUUGAAAUUCACACAUCUGAUUGUGGGAACGAGAACCCAAGUUUCAUUAUUACCUUA